UUACAGAGCUUCCGAUCUCUACGGGAUAUUUACAACAUCCCCCAUUAGCCACAUAUCUGAACCAGGAUGUCAGUGCAGUUCUCCGGCUGGGAGGUGAUUGACGAUGGUGCUUCUUUUCCUGGUUUGGAGCUGGACUCGUCCCAGAAACCCCGAAGCAAGGGCGUCUACACCAUGUACCAUGGGACCAGCAUCACCAGCGCACGAGUCAUCAUUGCCAAUGGUUUUAAACAGUCUUCAAAGGGCAUGCUGGGAAUGGGCGUGUAUGUCAGUCGUAAUAUAAAAAAGGCGACAGCUUAUCCUCUGAGAAGUAAUCCUACGGACCGAGUUGUCCUUCAGGUACAUGUGCGCGUGGGUCGUGUCAAGCGCAUUGACAAGGACAACCAUCCCAUGCAGCAAACAUGGCACUCACAUGGCUACGACACUGCUUGGGUGCCCCCCAAAGUUGGCCUCCUAGCAGUGCGCAGUGGCCUGGAGGAGGACUGUGUGUUUGAUCCCAAAAGAGUGAAAGUGGUAGGCAUCGCAAAGGCACCAAAGGAUUCCAUACAGAAAGAACUUCAAGAGCUUCUGAUACAAUCAUGUGGAAGAGGAGGUGAGGGUGCUGCAGAGGUGUGUUCACUGUGUAAGAGGAAGACCCAGCAGGGCGCUCCACACAUCAAGCAGCAGUGCUGGGAGUGUGGGGAAAACAUCUGCAUUCUCAUGUCCAAGCAUUUCUGUCCAGCCAAACCCUGACGGGGUGAGGGAAGGGGGUGUUGAUGAUUAGAUUUGACUCUGAUAUUGAUUAAUUUUUCAAGAUUCAAGACUUUUAUUGUUAUGUUGAUGAAAAUCUUAGGUAUCAGGCUCCUCCAACAGAGCAACACAAUAAAACAGUGAAAAUAGUGCAAGUAAAUACAAUAAAAUAGGAUAGAAGUAGUGCCAUAAGAGUCUAGUGAUACAUAAUCCGUAAGUUGCAAACAGGUGAAUGUUAUGGAUGUUCUUAGUUCAGGUGUUUAACAGUCUUAUGGCCUGUGGAAUGUAACUGUCCCAUAGUAACAUGUUUAAAUAUGUACUGCUCAAUGUAUUUUGGGGAUCUUUUGUAAGUUAUCUAUAAAAUCUCAUUCCUGAAUUGUCUCUCAUUUAAAGUCAACAUCGUUUUAUAGUUCUACAUAUUAUAUAUUUUAUUGAUUACGCUCUCUUAUUAGUAUACAAUUUUGAACACAUUUGACAUUCAUUUGUUUGGGAUAUAUUUGUAUGUAAAACAUGGGACUAAAAUAAUUUGCGAGAACUCAAGCCAAUAAAUGUCAUUAUAAUCUAAUCGAACCCAUCAUGUAUUUUUGUUUUAUAUGAUUCCAUGUUAAUAGACUCAGUAAAGCUCAUUUCUAUAGUGAUGCCUUCAGAUAAAGCCAUAUCUUUCCUACUUGUUAUCAUUAUGUUGUGUAGUGUGACAAAUAUUAAGUGGCAUUUGAAACACUUGCUUUAACGAGUCCCAAUAGGACAUGCAAAUAAAUAAGAGAGUCACAAAGUGGUGCUGAAAAGAAACACGUUGGAAAAUAUUUAAUUCCAUAUUGUGCUCAAAGGAGACAGCAUCCCAGCUGCAGCCUGAAGUCGUCUAAAACAUGUCUCUCCAAAAACCCCAUCCCUUAGGCUAUAGGCGUUCAUAACACGUUGGUGGUCCAGAGGUCUAUGCAUUGAAUUUUCAUGCAGGUGUUUGAGGUUCAAUCAUCUGUUGUCUCCUGCAUACUGAUGUUAAAUCUGGAGAAAUUGUUCCCACCACUUUUUCUAACAAAGUGAUACCCAUGAGUGGAGUAUAUGUAGACGAUUUACCUCUGAAUUGUAGUGGACAAAGUAGCAAAUAAUUGAAAUAUUCAGGUAAAGUAGGCCUAUAACUCUCUCAAAAUUGUACUUAAGUACAGUACUUGAGUAAAGUUACUAUCCACCACUGAAAUCCACUAUAACCCAAUUGCAUUGAGCAGUGGCAUUUUAUAAUAAAGUGAUUGUAUGUCAAUUGAAAGUCCCUCCUCAAAACCCACCUGUUCAGAUCCGCCUACUCACUGUAGUGCUCCCUAUCAUCUGUUUCCCCUGAAUAACCUACCUAUCAUUUGUGUCCACUUUAAUUGUCUUCUCCAUUAUGUUGUGUUUUUAUCAUGUUCUGUUGCUUUUACCUCUUAGAAUAUACACAUUGCAUGGUGUUCUUGGGUGUCAUGAAAGGUUCAAUGUAUUAUAAUAAAGU